UUCAUAAACAGGUAAACACAAGAUAGGCCAAAACCUCAGCCAGCCUCUGGCGGGCCUUGCCUUUGAGGAAGGAGUUUCACAGGACUGUGUGGGGAGUGGAUUUUGUUGUUCUUCCUAAUAUUGCCGAGCCCUUCCUGACAGCAGUCAUUAAGGUGAAGGGAACGCCAUGCCUGGUGGAGAUCAGGAACCAGGGCGCUACUACGUGGGUGUGGAUGUUGGGACAGGCAGCGUCCGUGCGGCUCUGGUGGACCAGAGGGGCAUCCUUUUGGCUUUCGCAGACCAGCCAAUUAACAAGUGGGAGCCUCACUUCAACCAUCAUGAGCAGUCCUCUGAGGACAUCUGGGCUGCAUGCUGUGUGGUCACAAAGAAAGUUGUGCAAGGGAUCGAUUUGAACCAAAUCCGAGGGCUUGGGUUUGAUGCCACGUGUUCUCUGGUUGUUUUGGAUAAGCAGUUUCGUCCUUUACCAGUAAACCAUGAAGGGGAUUCCCACCGAAACAUCAUCAUGUGGCUGGACCACCGAGCAGUCAGUCAGGUGCACAGGAUCAACGAAACGCAGCACAGCGUCCUGCAGUACGUCGGGGGUGUGAUGUCUGUGGAAAUGCAGGCCCCAAAGCUUCUGUGGCUAAAGGAGAGCUUGAGAGAGACUUGCUGGGAUAAGGCGGGGCAUUUCUUUGAUCUCCCAGACUUCUUAUCGUGGAAGGCAACAGGUGUCACAGCACGGUCUCUCUGCUCCCUGGUGUGCAAAUGGACAUACUCAGCAGAGAAAGGCUGGGACAACAGUUUCUGGAAGAUGAUUGGUUUGGAAGACUUGGUUGCAGAUAAUUACAGCAAAAUAGGAAACCAAGUACUGCCUCCUGGAGCUUCUCUUGGAAAUGGGCUUACACCAGAGGCAGCCAAAGACCUUGGCCUUCCUGCUGGCAUUGCUGUGGCAGCCUCACUUAUUGAUGCCCAUGCAGGAGGACUAGGAGUGAUUGGAACAGAUGUGAGGGGGCACGGCCUCGCCUGUGAGGGACAGCCAGUGACGUCACGGUUGGCUGUCAUCUGUGGAACAUCUUCUUGUCACAUGGGGAUUAGCAAAGACCCGAUUUUUGUACCAGGUGUCUGGGGCCCUUAUUUCUCAGCCAUGGUUCCUGGGUUCUGGCUAAAUGAAGGUGGACAGAGUGUUACUGGGAAAUUGAUAGACCACGUGGUGCAGGGCCACGCCACCUUCCCUGAACUGCAAGCCAAGGCCACAGCUCGAUGCCAGAGUGUAUAUGCAUAUUUGAACAGUCACCUGGAUCUGAUUAAGAAGGCUCAGCCUGUGGGUUUCCUCACUGUUGAUUUACAUGUUUGGCCAGAUUUCCAUGGCAACCGGUCUCCCUUAGCAGAUCUGACACUGAAGGGCAUGGUCACCGGAUUGAAACUGUCUCAGGACCUUGAUGAUCUUGCCAUUCUCUACCUGGCUACAGUUCAAGCCAUUGCUUUUGGGACCCGCCUCAUUAUAGAGGCCAUGGAGGCAGCAGGGCACUCGAUCAGCACUCUGUUCCUGUGUGGAGGCCUGAGCAAGAACCCCCUUUUUGUGCAAAUGCAUGCAGACAUUACUGGCAUGCCUGUGGUCCUGUCCCAAGAGGUGGAGUCUGUUCUCGUGGGUGCUGCUAUUCUGGGUGCCUGUGCCUCAGGGGAUUUCACUUCUGUACAGGUGCAUUUUCUGAAAAGAAAUGUCAUCGGUCACACAUCAAGUAGUAGUCUGCAGCCCCGACAGAGAGCAGGGCGACCGCCUGGGGCUGCGCCACCCAGCACUCCACGCCGCCGGGACUGGCGGGACCUCGCUGGUGUCUCCGGCAAGUAAACUGAAGCUCACCGCUCCUGAAGGGCUCCACUCACAGCUACACACUGGCGUCUUCCCUCCAUGAGAGUUUUCACUGAUCUUCUGGAGCAGAAUUGAAGGUACAGACCAUUGAAUAUUGGCAUUGGUGGCCUGACUAGCAGCUGCAAGACUCCCAACAUCUAAAAGACAAGCUCGUGCCUCCUGUUCCACCCAAGGACAUGUGUGCCUCUUCCGACUGAUUGUCGUUGUAGGAGACACUGUAAUGUGGUAGAGAGAGCCCCUGAGAGAUUCCGUGUAGAAUUGGCCUCUUUGUUUGCUCGUUGUGUAGCCUCAGACAGUGGCACCUGGCCUCUCUAGUGUCUCUUUUAUUUGUUGGUUUUAUCUCCUUUAAAAAAUAUGUCUAAAUAAGAAGAAUUGCCAGUCAGGUGAGACUGUUGAUAUGAAGAGCCUUUGAAAGCUCUGAUGACCUCCGUGAGCCCUGCGUAUAACGAUCAGCACUGUUCCGAUGAUUAUGUUUGGAACUGCUUCAGGAAUGUAAGUGCGUGAAGACUUGUCCUC